UGGUCACGAGAAUAGCCUCCCUUGCUGUAGUCAUCCGCCCAUCAGCUGACAACAAAUGUAAACUGCUGGUCCAGCCAGCAGGACAGUAAGGUUCGUAGAAGCGUGUCUACAGGCAGCAGUGCAUUUACACCAUGCAUUUACAUUGGCUGGUGUUUCUUUGGUGUGUAGUGUACAUCAGUUAUGUAGCACAAGCCAGAUCACGAUUAUUUCACUCAUCAGGACAAGCAAGUUUUGUGCGCAACUUUCGAAUAGAAAAGGAUGAAGAACUGUUUCCCUUCAGAAAUACCUCACUCCCCUGGGCCGAACGGGUACAAGAUCUUGUCAAUCGUCUGACUUUAGAGGAAAUCCAAGAGCAGAUGGGGCGUGGGGGAGCCGGAAUUUUCGGAGGCCCAGCUCCCGCUAUCCCUCGGCUUGGUAUAGGCCCCUACCAAUGGGACACUGAAUGCCUCCGGGGUGAUGCCGAGGCACCAGGCGUCGGCGCCACCGCUUUUCCACAGUCCAUAGGACUUGCUGCAGCAUUUAGUCCUAGUCUGAUGCACCAAGUUGCAGAAGCAGCAGGAGUGGAAGUGCGAGGGAAGCAUAAUGACUUUGUUAAGCGAGGAAUCUUCCUGACCCACACAGGAGCCAGUUGUUUCCCUGUCAUCAACAUAAUGCGUGAUUCACGCUGGGGUCGAAACCAGGAAACCUAUGGUGAAGAUCCUUUCCUGAGUGGUGUUUAUGCCACUAAUUAUGUGCAAGGUCUUCAAGGAAAUGAUUCAAGAUAUAUCAGGGCCAGUGCAGGGUGUAAACAUUUCAAUGCCCAUGGUGGACCUGAAAGCAUUCCUGUCAGCCGUAUGUCUUUCAAUGCAGUGGUUUCGGAAAGGGAUUGGAGAAUGACGUUUCUUCCAGCAUUCAGGAUGUGUGUGGAGGCAGGCACAUUCAGCCUUAUGUGCAGCUACAACAGCAUUAAUGGUGUACCUGCCUGUGCAAAUGAAAAAUUGCUGACUGACAUUCUUCGAAAAGAGUGGAAUUUUACGGGCUAUGUUGUUAGUGAUGAAUCAGCCAUCGAAAAUAUUAUCGCGGACCACCACUACUUUAACAACAGUGUUGACACUGUUGCUGCCUGUGUGAAUGCUGGUUGUAACCUUGAACUUUCUCCAAACUUACCUGUACCAGUGUAUUUUUCACUGCUGGAGGCAAUCAAACAGGGGAAGGUGUCAGAGCAGACUGUCCGUGAACGAGUUUCACCUUUAUUUUACACUCGUAUGCGCCUGGGAGAAUUUGAUCCUUCAUCCAUGAACCCAUAUAGCACACUGUCAAGCGCAGAUGUCGAAACACCAGCCCACAAACAGCUGGCUUUGCAAGCUGCAAUGAAAUCUUUUGUUUUGUUGAAAAAUGAUGGCCUUUUGCCACUCAGUGGGCCAUUCAAGACAAUAGGCGUGGUUGGUCCAUUUGCCAAUGACUACAUUGAGAUUCUUGGAAGUUAUACUCCCUGGCCACCUGUUGAUGACAUAGUAACAGCUUUGAAGGGCCUCCAAAGCUUGGCUGAUACUGUGCAGUUUGCAGAGGGUUCCAAUAAGUGCUGCACAAACUAUUCAUCAGAAGCUGUCAAAAAAGCAGUUAUUGGAACACAGAUAAAUUUUGUUCUUCUGGGCACAGGUCCAUCCAUAGAAGGUGAAGAUCGUGACAGAGCCGACCUUGAGCUUCCAGGGAUGCAGAAGCAACUGCUACUUGAUGUCAUGGAGAAUGCCCCUACAACUCCACUGGUGUUGCUGCUGUUCAAUGCUGGACCAGUCAAUGUUUCUUUUGCUGAUGCAGACGACAGAGUUACUGCCAUCAUGGAAUGCUUUUUCCCGGGACAGGUUACAGGGGAUGCCAUUCGUCACACAUUGCUUAAUGACAUCCCAGAGGCUGUCCCAUCUGGUCGCCUUCCUUACACCUGGCCAAUGUUUUUGUCUCAGCUUCCCCCAAUGGUCAAUUACUCCAUGGCUGGCCGAACGUAUCGCUAUUUCCAUGGUGAUCCCCUUUACCCAUUUGGCUAUGGGCUGUCUUAUUCGGCAUUUUUGUACUCGAAUCUUGAGCUGCCAGACACCAUUCAGGCUGGUUCUGAUCUUGAGGGUGAAGUGUCCAUCAUAAAUCUUGGGCCAUUUGAUGCCGAUGAGGUAAUUCAAGUGUACAUCAGUUGGCUAGACACCUCAUUACCUGCUCCAGUGAGGCAGCUUGUCUGGUUUGAUAGGGUGUCCAUUCCAUCCACUGUAAAUAAAACCAUUAAGUUUACAGUUUCUGCACGGUCUAUGGCACUUUGGUUUGAUGAUGCUUGGAUGAUCAGGCCAGGCAACAUGACAUUGUAUGUUGGUGGUCAACAGCCAGACCAGAAACGACACUUAUUUUCCAACAUCCUUUCUCAAGUUUUUGUGAUCAAGGGAACCAAGAACUUAGGAAGUUACUAAUUUUUUUCUCUCAUUUUUUUUUUUUUGGCAUAACUGUUUUGUAAAUAGUCUUGAAUUUCUGACAGCCAGUUUGUCAUAUUGUUGUUUGCUCUAACUUUUAAAAGAUCAAACAGAGAUUUGUAUAAAGGUGGGGACCAUUUUAUUGUGGACCCAUUUAUCUCACCUAAUAUCUUUAUUCCUUUACCUUACCUAUUAUUUAAUAAUUGCAUUUGUUUUGGUUAACAGGAUGUGAACACUCUUUGUUUCACAUCAUUUUGUAUUCUGGUUUUUUUUCCCCUGGUUCAAUCCGCAGUUUACAAAUCUAUCAAUUGUCUUUCAUAUAUUUUGAAAAUGAGAAAAACACUUGGUGCACAUUAAGUCCUGCUAUAGUUUAAAAGUUCCCCUCAUGAAAAUGAUUCAAUCAAAUUUCUUGCAGCUAUACAUAGUUUUGGAAUAGCAUGAAAAAGUAUAGCAGCUACAUGGAAUGCCCAUGGAUAGCUUUUCAGGGAGGAGAGAGAAGGUGGAGCAUCUUCCACAGAGAAUGAGUUAAUGGAUAAGAAAUAAUUAUGGUCAACCAGUCACUUUUUAUGAUUUGCUGUUAAAUAUUUAACAUCUUAUAGUUUUGUUCUUGUAACAUAUGGUAUGCACUAAGAUGCUUCUUUGAUAAAUCUGUUUUUUGAUGGACAAGGACUAAUGUCUCCUUCAAAGGUGGACAGGAAAGCCAAACUGUAUAGAUUUGCAAAUGCCUGAAGGCACUAAAGUACAGGCUUUUGUGAAAUGUAAAAUGAAGCAUCUUAAUAUAUAUAUUAGUGUACUAAGACAUUAGUAUAUUGGUGCAUAAUAUGGAGAUUUGGGGAGCUGUUAUUUUUAUUUAUGGGUGCAUAUUUGUUAAUUCUAAUGCUUUGUGCUAUGGGUUGAUUUUGGGUUUCCCAUAUCCCAGGGGAUUUAACUAUAAUGUGUAUUUACAGAGUACACGCACACAGUUGCUGUUUUGUGGGGUUUUUUUCACUGUAACCUGCAGUUACAGGUCUAUUUUAUAAAAUAUAGUGACAUUGAAAGCAGCACUUUUCCGUUCUUAUGUUAUAAUUUUAGUUUUGAGUUCUGUAUCGCGCCUGUCCAGGCAAGUACAGGUGCAAUGAUUAAAAGGGACGAUUUCCCUCAUUAUGCACUUCAUACACAAGUUCAGAGCUGAAACAAAGAUACUCGUUAAUUAGAAAUAAAUUCCUUUGUAAAUUUGUUGGGGCACUAAUGUACCCUUUAUCAGCUCAGUCUAUUUAAAUAUCUUGCAUUAUGUUUUGUCAGUAUAAAUAGAAAUUGGAAGGGUUUUUUUUUUUUUUUUGCGUGGUUGUAUAUUAACAAAAUCAUGAGGCUUAUCUCCCUUACUGUGGUUUCCCUACUCCUUCCUCUUUAAUGAGAGGAAAAUGAAAUUCAUUUGAAUGUGAAGUUGGGUUUUUUAAAUAUGCAAUACAACAUAUCAUUCCAGUUUGCUGUCUAUUUUUUUACAGAUAUUAUGUAUUUAAUGAUGUAAAUAAAAACUAUGACAUAUAUGUA